CUACGCUUGCGAUUUGUUUGGCAUUUAGAGGUUACAAUUAGAAAUCGUUUUAUUUCCUUGAUGAGUUUCAUUUUUUAUAAGAUGACCUGAAGCUGUCUCUUUGCUGUCAGUAGUAUUUGUGAAAUUCUUGAAAAUAGUAAAUUAUAAGUAGUUGCUACAUUGUGAAGAUAAAAUGUAUAUUGGCUAAUUUGAUACUUAUCAUUAGAAGUCAUGGAUGUUCCACAGCUUGCAAAUAAAGAUCAAGAAAUAGCAUAUUGGAAAGAUUUAGCCAAUAAAUAUUUACAAGAGAAAACUGAUGCUCAACAAGAAUUAGAGGAUUUUUCAGAAGAAUCUAGACAACUAGAGUGUGAGUUAGAAGCUUCUCUUGAACAAUCAGAAAAUGUAAUAAGAGACUUGAGAUUAACAAUUAGGAAUUUACAAGCAGAAUUGGAAUCUUCGAAGAAUAAGUUAGAAAAGCUUGAUAAAGAGAACUGCUCAUUAGAAAUUAACUGCAAUGCAUUAUCGUCAGAGAAAGAAAAAUUAUUAAUUUAUAUUAGGGAACUGGAACAAAAAAAUGAUGACCUUGAAAGAGCUCAUAGAAAUGUAACAGAAAGCGUUGCUACAUUUGAGGAUCUUUUAAAUAAAGCCUAUGAGAAAAAUGCAUUGCUAGAAAACGAAGUUGGUGAAAAAGAAAAUUUACAAGUCCAGUUACAACGUAUGCGCGAUGAAGCUAGAGACUUGCAACAAGAACUGAAAAUAAAAGUCAAGGAUGGUGACAAAAGUUUGAUGAAUGGUUACAGUAAUUCUUAUAUGAACUUAUCUCUAGAUUCCAAUAGACUACAUUGUGAAAUGGAAACACAGACAGUGGACAACCAGACAUCAGUGAAAAAUCAACCAUCAAAUAUCAAUGGUAACGGACUAACAUCCGGUGGCAGGAUAAUUGCAAUGAAUAUUGUUGGUGAUCUGCUGAGGAAAGUUGGAAAUAUGGAAGCAAAGCUUUCGAAAUUACCUAACGAUGGGGGCCUGGUAGCUCAAAACGGAAUAUACUCAGGAGAUACACCACCGAGUACUUACAGAAAUCGAAGAUCUACUAGAACACCAAACUCUCCUUUAGUCUUAGGAUGCAAGUAUAAUAUUCCUAGUUAAUUGAAGAAGUGCUUUCAAACUGUAGAAUUCAUUUUGGAGUAUGAAUCCUAGUUUAACUAUUUUAAGUUUGCUUAUAUUCAAUUGCACAAAAUGUGCUAAUUAAAAAUCCAAAUCAAAGACACAUGUUUGAAAUAGAGCAACAAUUUAAAAUUGUGAUAUUGAAAUCAGAAUUUGCACUUCUUGCGUGAGUAGAUAGAAUAUAAUGUAAGCACAUGACACAUAUUUAUUUGUCAAAUAUCAACUUCUUUGAAUAUGCUAUAUUUAUAUUCUUUACUGCAAUUUUAACAUUACCAUAGUUUGGCAGGUUAAUUACAGCAUAGUUUAAGUUGUCAUAUUUUUAUAAUUCUUUUAAUUAUUAGUUUUAUAUAAAUCUUUAUAAACUUUGAAUACAAUUGCACAAAGUUUUUACU